GUAUGUGAUUGGUUUAGAUUCCCCCGGUGAUGUGGCGUGGGACUGUCUUAUGAACCAACACAAAUGGCUGCUAGGAUUGCUGGACAACUGCCGUUUUGACCACCUUGGCAAAAGUACGUUCAUAUGAAUAAAAAUCUAACAUAUUGUAGCAAGUCUGCCAACAAGCCGUCAAUAAGUUGUGUUCGCACUGCUUGUCCCAACAAGUAUGGAACAACUUGUUAACAGUUGUUGUAACAACCUUGUUGAUAUUAUCAGACUUGUUGCAAGGUUGUUCCAACAAGUCCGAUAUAGUCAUGAUAUCACCAUAUUGUUACAACCUUGUGUUAUCAACCUUGUAACAUUCGUGUUAUAUCAUGACCGUAUCCGACUUGUUAGAACAACCUUGUAACAAGUCUGAUAAUGCCAUCAAGCUUGUUAUAAGUUGUUGACAGCUUGUUCCAACAACUGGGAACUGCCUUGUUUAUCCUCACUACAUACACUACCACAGACCGUUCGUGUUCAUAUGAAUGAUUCAUAUUGUAUAUUUUCCCAGAAUUUUAAAAUGAAUCUCAACUGUCAUUUUCAAAUGUCCAUGUUUUAGUAGAAUUGUCAUCACCUCAAACCACCAUGUCAUUCAUGCCAUGCAAGAAAUAGUUAUUUUCAUUUAGAAACCCACGGUCCUGGAGCGUUAUCCGUACCAGUUUAUCACAGCCCUAGGAGGGAGUCGUUGGACAAUUAUGGAGGUAACGCAUGAUAGUCACAGUAUGAACAUGUUUUCCUUGUAAAAUAGUUUAUUUAGUUCAGGACCUUUCUGAAAAUCACUUUGUGAGAAAGCUUCCUGAAAUUAAAUAUUAAUUUAAAAAAAUGUAUUCAUUAUUGCUGCUAAACAACAAACUUUAUAAAACAUACAGGACAAUUUUUCAAAGUUAUCUUUUUGCGACAGGUUGGGGUUCUAAAGGUCAUGCGCCUUUACAGGGUGUAAUCUUUGUGGAAGAACUGUCAGACAUAUUGGCCGAGAGCUUGCCUGAUUUGUGGAAGCUUGGGAACGAGUAUGUUAGUGGAAGUCUCUUUCAUAAGGUGUGUUAUUUUGGUAAACAUCGUUUGUUGUUUUUUAUAUCGAGCUGAAUCACGAAGUAUGCAUCUCAACCGAAAACUUAAGGAUGGUUUACACUAUCAACGUUUUACUGUAGGUAAAUUACAAGUUUGGAAGGGAACUGAGGGAACUGACUCAUUGACUCAUUACAAAUAGACUCCAUGCUGACAACAUCGUUGCAUUCACAGAAUUUCUGCGAUUACUGCUGUCCCAAACUUUGUGUUUUAUCAUAACAAAAUCUUGAUUUUUACUUUGCUUCACGCAUAAUCUUGUUCGAUAUUCUUUACAGGAAAAUAUGGAUCCAGAGAAACCAUCGUUUGUGCCUGCUGAUGAACGAAAACUUGAGUUCCAGGUAAUUUAUGUACUAUGAUACUGAGUUAACCAAUUUACAGUACUGUCUUUCGUGUAACUCUCUGAUACAGAUACUUCUCUAAUGCGGACACCUCUCUAAUAUGGGCACCUCUCUAAUACGAACACUUCUCUAAUAUGAACACCUCUCUAAUAUGAACACCUCUCUAAUAUGAACACUUCUCUAAUAUGAACACCUCUCUAAUACAAACACCUCUCUAAUACAAACACCUUUCUAAUACGGACAGCUCUCUAAUACAAACAGCUCUCUAAUACGAACACCUCGCUUUGCAAUAAUCGGCCGACUGUGCAAUAAUCGGGCGACUACGGCUUAUUUCGAACUGGCCAAUUAAUUAUUUUUCGAUUAAUCGGCUCAUCUCUACUCCAUUUGGAAACCGUCAAGUUUUCUGUUUCCAGGCAAUGGUGAGUGAGAUCACAGGAAGAUACUCGGGUUUUAUUGAAGAAGUAUUCGUGGGAGUUUAUAAACGUGAGCCAGAGAAGAAAACACAGUGGAAUUGUCGCCGUGAAGAAAUCACACCUUGGUUGCCAAAAUGUGUCAAAUUUGUAAGGUACACACGUAAAAACGCACAAAUUGUUACAGAUCUUCAAGUUGUAACAAGGUUGUUGUCAAACCGAUAUCAGGAUGUGUUCGCACUGCUUGUUCCCAGUUGUCGUGACAAGUUUGGGACAAGUUGUUAUCACCUUGUUACAAGGUUGAUGACGGUAACAGACUUGUUACAAAUUGUUCCAACAUGACUGAUACAGGCUGUUCGUAACAAGUUGGAACUGAGCUUGUUGUCAUCAACCUGUUAACAACUUGUAACGUGCAGACGAUGUCAGACUUGUUGGAACAACUUGUUGCGAGUCAUUUGGCCUCAUCAAUCUUGUUACUUAUUCAACCAACUUAUUUCAGACUUGUCAACAACUGGGAACAAGCAGUGCAAACACAUCUUGCUGACAAACUGUGAAAUAUUUACGUGCGUAAAGAUGCUGGGUUGAAAAUUAUACACGCAAUCGGACGCAAUGAAUUUUUUAAUUUGAUAGUAAAUUUAAACAUGACAUUAAAUUUUUCAAAAUUUCAAAUGCAUAUUUCAUUUCAAAAUCAAAUUUCAUUUUAAAUUCGAUUGCAAAUUGUUGUACAGUAUGCAUGUACAUGGGUCUGUGGUUCACUUUUCUCCGACGAGAAAGAUGCGAGGGGCGCAUCUCCCUUACACCACCAAAAAUACUGUAAAAAUGUACUAGUUGAUCUUGACUUUUCAGUGGUUGGCAGUGCUAACUUUCUCUGGGUGGGGCCACACCCCACCCAGCACCCCACUGAAUGACGUUACGACAAGUUGGAUCGUAGUAAAGAAAGAGAUAGCAAAUGAUUUAUCUUUCUACAGGCGUUGUUAUAGUACAUUAAAAACUCAAUGUGGCAAAAGCUCUGUUGAAGCACUGAAGUCAGUCCAGCUAUCAUUAGAAGAUCUGCAGUUUUUAUCAACUCGAUGCCUCAUGGAGAACGCUGUAGAAGGUAAGCUAUAUUCCGAUUUCAGGCUCUGCUAAAUGUUAAUGAUGAAUUUUGUCGGGUGUUCGUGUCCUCAGAUGAUGUUUACUGCGUAUUUUUUUUUAAUAUCAUCAGUGUAGAGGAGAAUAUCGCCCGUACAAAACGCAAACGUGAUUGUUUCUGUUAAUUUUUCUCAGAAAUCAGGAAUCUUUAUCAGAAUGAAGAUUGGUCGAAGGAAACUAUUAGCAAUGGAUGUGUCAUAACGAUUUUGGUAAAGAUGAGCCAACAAUCUUGAAAUAUCUUUGGCUUCACUUCAUUAUAACGUAUCAGGUCUAUGGCUAACUGUACAAUAAACUAACUUUCAUCUUUCCUCGCAGCCCAUAACGUUUGAGACGAUAGCUAUUGAUAUACUUCAUCUACUUAAAGAUGUCAUUGGCGAAGCAACGUUUGGAGGGGAAAAGGUAUCUAGACGGAAAUGUCGAGUGUGAAUUUUAUACAUUUAUAUAUUGAAAUAGUUGCUAUCGGUGAAUAGCUUUGACAAUUUAAGUAUUGAAAGAAAAAUCUCAUUGGAUUAGUGCUGAAGAUUCAUUUUGUAUUUUUAAGGGCGAUCAGAUUCAGAAAGAAAUCAACGAUCUUUUUUACAAGAUGUUGCAGGUAUUCUUGACUUAGGUUUACUAAACUAACUUUAAUAUAGGUUUUAGAUUAGCUUCCUCCGCAGGCAACUCACUGAGGAAUCGGGUGGUGAGAAAAAGUUGUUUUUUUCAAAAUCCAUUCGCAGGCUAAAACCCAUAGAGGCCUGCGGAGGAGGCUAGUUUUAGAUAGCUAUGUCAGUUCCAAACGCUUCUGACCAGAGGUGGAAAAAAUAUUUUACUUUCUGGGACCGCAAGAGAAAAUUUUCUGCAAACAAUCAAGUAAAUUGACACUCGGUGUAACUGUGUGAUGUUGUCAAACUGGAUGCCAUGCUAUAUUUUAACAGAAAAAUUUAUUUCAUUUCACUGAGAAUCUUAAUAGUACUUUUAUAGGAACUCAAAACAUUUUCUGGGGCAGAACAUUCGUAACUCAUCUAUUCGUUCAUAUGCAUUAGAAAAAUUAAAUCGCACUAGAAAUAAUUAAUAAUGUAAACGGGUCUUAAACUAUCCUAACUUUAUAUCUACCAUUUUACUAAAUUUUAGGCAGUAAUUGAAAGUCUCGAGCACCUUGGGUUUCCUUCUGAUGAAGAAUUGGACAAAAUAUCAGUGUAAAUGAACUAUAAGAUUUUCUUUAAUCAAUACUAUGAAUUUAUUCAAACACUCAUGCAUGCCAGGUUUUCGCACUCUAGGAAAAAAACCGUAAACCGUUUACCCAAAGCAAACCCAAAAAUUGACGCGUAUAAAAAUAUCGCUUUCUUUCUUUACAGAUCAAGUCGACAUCAUUAUGGAAGCUUUGAUUCCAAAGAAGACGUUCAUUCUAUGACCUCAAUUAACUCGCCUGCCAGGGUAAUUGUUUCGUGACUUAUUUACCCCAGUACAUGCAUCGCGCCAUCGCAAUAAAAGAUGACCACAUAUUUUUUGUUUGUUUUAGGACGAGCGUUUUCUGAUAGUUCUCAGCUGUUGCUCAUACCUUCGUGAUAGUGUCCUUCCAAAAAUUGUUUCAAAUUAUCAAAGCAACGGUCAUGCUGGCCUUGAAAAUUUAUUACCAGUAAGUAUUUUGGUCUAAAUUUACAUGAAAACGAAAAGUAUAUGUUACUAUUUGAAACUACACUAGCUGGAUAGCUUUAUCCGUUUCCAGUAAGGAUCAUCUCUGAUUGAUCCAGUGUUGCUACUGGAGGAAACCUAAACUAAACUAAAUAAACUAAACUGAAACUAAGCCGUGCAAAAAAUACCGUGGGUGUUGCAGCAUAUGCUCAAUGAUUCAACAUGUUUUCGACAAAAAUGUCGAAAUGUAUGCAGCAGAUAAAGUACACCGCACCUUACAACUGUCGGGGUAUUCAAGAAAUAUUACAAAGCUCGCAAGUUGCUGUUUAGAGAAAAUAUUAUCAUAUAGCUUGUCCAUAUGGCCGUCUAUUGAAAAAUGGCCGUCUGAAUUCAAAAGUGGAUGGCUUAAAAAACCCGCACAAGUUGUAGCAAACCAGCAACAGACUUGUAGCAUUGCUGUUCUGACAACUUGUCAUCUGCAGGAUAUGCGUUCGCACUGAUUGUUCCCAGUUUGUUGACAAGUUGUCAACGGCUUGUUGACAACGUGCUACAAGGUUGUUGAACUUAACAGUCUUGUUACAGUACAAGUUGUUCCAACAACUUGUUAUCGCCCUGCAAUAGACCUUUCCCCUUAUAACCAAAAUUUUGAUCUAGGCAAGUCUAGACAAAUAUUUCAUCACAGCUUGGAAGAGCAUCACAAAAUUAGUAAUAUUCCAAAGUUCCGUUGCGAAAUGUUGUAAAAUGAGGAAAAUAGAGCCUUGCGAAGUUUGCAAUUUUCAGUCAUUUUUCAUUACAAACGGGAAAUUGCAGCCCCAACACCCGAAUCGGAUGUCAAUUUCCCGUUUGUAAUACAAAAUGACUGAAAAACGGCAAACUUCGCAAGGCUAUAUUAUCCGCAUUUUACAAGAUUUUGCAUCAAAACUUUGGAAUAUUACUAAUUUUGUGAUGCUCUUUCAAGCUGUGAUGAAAUUUUUGUCUAGAUCAAAAUUUUAGUUAUAAGGGGAAAGGUCCAUUCAACAAUUUGUCAACAAGUUGUGAGUGACAACCUUGUAACAACUUGAUAAAAUAACAGCAUUGUUACAACUUGUUGACAAGCUUGCGAACACAUCUUGUUAACAAGUUGUGAGAGAUUUUUACGUGUGUACAGCCAACAUACGCUUAUGGCUUGUUCGUUCUUGUCUUUAUAGGCAUUCAAAAGUGAAAUCAUGACGCUAGAAGAUCGGAUAUUUAACGCGUAUGUUGAGUUAAAAAGUGGACCAUUAGUAAGCAGAAUUAAGACUGGAAUGUUUGCUGGUGAUUUUAGUUGGAGUCGAUGUCUACAACCUACUGAUGCUCGCGAUUAUAUCAAGAUUGUCAUACUUGAACUGGUCAUAAUACAUGCCCAGGUUGGUUUCUGUAAUUUUGAACGCUUUCUUUGAACAAAGUGACUAUAUGACCGGCAGCCGGUCACGGUUUAUCAAAUACUAAAUGGCCGGCAGUCUAGUGACUAUAGUUGAAUAUAAAAACUUUUGUUUGCGUUAAUUUUUACCGAGCUUGCCGUUAGCUCAUACCAGGGCGCUGCGUGCGGAAAGUUAAACGCAGUCGGGGUCGGGAUGUGUUUUGUCUGACUUAGCAUUGUGUUUUCUUAAAAUUUUUUAAACUGCUUUUUUUUCCGACUUUUCUAACUCUCAAAAGGUUAGGGUUAGGGGUUAGGGUUAGAAAAGGGGUUGGGGAUAGGUUUAUCUUAUAAAAAUUCAACUUUAACAAUAGUCACUAGACUGCCGGCCAUUUAGUAUUUGAUAAACCGUGACCGGCUGCCGGUCAUAUAGUCACUUCGUUCUUUGAAAUGCCAGCUUUCCGAAAAUAUUUUAAAUUCAUUUUCAACGUGUUACGUAAUAGGGCGAGCGAUUAAGGUUGGGAACACCCCCCGACCCCGCCCAAUUCUUUUAUGUCAUUAUAUUCCAUCACAAACCUUCUUGGUAGACCACUGGACCAAGAACUUUCUAUUGAAUUGUUAAUACAGUGAUUUUAACUUUAACUACAGUAUGGACAUUUGUUUACAAUAGAAGUUCAAGCAUUGAAUGAACUUGCGAACUCUUUUGCGAAGUUUACGCGUAAUUUCCAAACUUGGAAACGUAAUUGGCAAGUUUGCAACGAACUUGCGACCCGCGCGUUGAAGAGUACUUGAAAUCGACAAUGAACACUAAGACUCAGUUCCAAAUUUUUAAAAACUUAAAAUUUACCUAAUGCAGAAUUCCUACUGUGAUCACAGAAACUUUGAUAGUGUAAACCAGCCAUUAUUAACCACUUCAUUUAAUAUAAUUGUUUGUUCCAGGUAUUCUCUGUCUCGGCUUCAUUCGUGCCCAGGGUUCUCUCACGACUGACCGAAAUCUUGACUGAAACUAUUUAUAAGUUAUUCAAGGAUGCCAAGGGAAAAUAUACCACUAACGGUAUAAUUCAGGUACAUCAGAGAAUUUAGUAUUUAGCCUUCACUUAUGAAUAUAUUUCAACAGUUUUUGAUUCGUCUAGGCUCGCCUAGAACUAAAAGCUCUUGGAGAAGCUCUACAUAACUGGCUUACGGAGAAAUCAAGGUAUUAUACACCCCAAUGUUGUCGUUAUGAAGUGCGAGAUAAGUCAGAGGGUACACUCCCUCCUCCACUCCGUCCCCCAGAAAAACAGCUUUGAUCAGUGUUUCCCAUAUAAAUUUCUAAAUAUAUGAACGGUACUUCACUGUAGAAUUUCAUUGGGACUGCAACUAAAUUGGACUUUGAAUAGUUCCAGCAGUUCUAAAUGGGCAGUAUAAGUAUCUAACUGUGUUGGUUCAAUAUUACUGCAGAAUGAAAUCAGAGUUUCUGGAGAAACCUUCUGGUGUUUGGUCAAAGGCCUGUUUAGACUUGCAACUCUCCCCUGAGAUCGUUUUGCACCACCCCUGAUAGUUUUUGCACCUCCCCAGAAAAGUCAUGCACCUCCCCUUGGGAAAGUUUCAAUGAUAGACCAAAGUGAAAAUUUGACAUUUUCGGUUGCUUAGGGUCUACACUUCAUAAGACAGUUUUUCUGUAAAAAUUGAAACAGAGAUAGCCAUUCAUCUCUGUCUCAAGUACCCUUUUACUGUAAUGCAAUGUUUUGAAAGAAACCUUUUAGCAAUGAAGGGCAAAAUUGGAUGAGUUGUACAGUCAUAAUUCAUUAAUACACUGAUAUAUAUGAACGCUACAGUACAUGCAUACGUCACGUCGUUGACUUUGGUCCGUUUUAAGCCCUAACUUUCCAUGGGGGUCGUGAGCUAGACCGCUGCCCCUCGGUUACUCGAUUGACUGAUUGUGACACUGUGCUUUCCAGUUCUUUUCUAGAAAAUUCAUUUCGGUGUAUUCCUGCCAUAAGUAAGGACGAGCAUCAAAAGUAAGAGAUUAAAUCACAUAUGCUAUAGCCUAUCGAAGGGAAGAUGACUGUGAAACUCAUUAGAAUAACAAUAUAACUCAUUAUCUAUGUUAGUCAACGUUUAUUCAUAAAUCUGGUCGUUCACCGUCAUUUGCGUAUUGUAUUUUUGCCAAAUCCACCAAUAGCAAUUUCCAAAUUCCAAUUUACCCUAUUGUUUGAGUCACGGAUAGGUAACUUUCCUACAACAUUGCUAUUGGUCAGUUGGGCAAAAAUGCAAUACACACGUGACGGUGAAGGACCAAAUUUAUGAAUAAACGUUGACUGACAUAGAUCAUGAGUUAUAUUGUUAUUCUAAUGAGUUUCAUAGCCAUCUUCCCUUCGAUAAACUAUGCAUAUACCAAUAAUAGUUGUCAGUUUUGUUUAUUUAUUUAUUUAUUUAUUCAUCGCCCAUUAAAAUUACAAUUACAAUUAUACAAUUACAAAUGACAUGCAUACAAUAGAAAUACAAUAUUGUACAAGUGACGAAUGGUGGGGCACCGUUAGCCUGCGUGGCAGGCCCUUUACUGUGGGCCCUUGAAACAUACGAAUGUCUAGAAACAACAGUUGGUAACAUUGUUCAAGACAAGAGUUACAAUUUACACAUACAAAUUUCCAUGUUCUUCCCAACUCUGCGUGCUUUUCUUUUGGACAAUUAAAAGGUAAUUGUGUACUAAGGCCUGUUUCAAAUGUCGCACUUCUCGUGUGACGAAUGCACUAGAAACAAUAGAUAAUGUGGCAUUUUUAAUGCGUUCUGCAAAUGAGAAGCGCGACGUUUGAAACAGGCCUAACAAGUUCAACCGUUCAUUUGUAGGGAAAUUGACAGACUCUUAGAGGAAUUCAAGGCCAGAGCGAACUUUCAACUAUUGUGUUUUGAAGAGAGCGACUGUUUGGACACGUGAUAGAAUUCAAGUUAGACCACUGCUGUAAUUCUCCUGGAUUUUUGAAAGGAACAACUGGGCCAGCCCUCAAUGCCCCCUCUAGGUAAAUUUUCAAAAUUUGUACAUAAUUAAUCAUCUGAGAAUAUUUUCGUACUUGAUAGAGUUAUAUAAUGAACGAUAAAUGAAAUGAAUUUUUUUUAUAAAUCAAAGCAAUUAUGAAUGUCCUCCAUCUAAGCGGAUCUAGAUUUAAGAGGAAUUAUUAUUAUUGGACUUUAAUUGAGUUAUUUUGUCUGUGUUUCUACGCAAUUAUAGAAACAGUCGUGGUAGGUUGGUAUACUCGAAAUAACGUGGAAACACUCGCCGUUUGACCUUGUGUUUCCACUGAUUAUUUAUCGUUCUCCCUCGUUAUUACUCGUAUUUCUGCAACUAUAUCAGAAUACGGAAAAUGUUUCAUUUUUAGCGAAAUAUUGCAUUUAGUUUAUUGAAUUUGACUUACAACAUUUAGUAUAUUUAGACAAUAUAAUUUGACAACAUGCUGUUUCUUCCAUCUCAACUAUAGUCUUACUACAAUAAUCUUGAAACUUUGGAGAAGAGCAUGCAAACCGUAUUUUAGAAGGUUUUGUUUUACAUCGGCAAAUUUAUAUUUUAUUAUUGUUUCUUAAUGAUGUUAAAUAUGACGCUAAGGAAAUCGUAGGCAAUAUUUGUUUCAGGCCACUCAAAAGGAUACUGUUAUUGCUAGGAUACUGCUUUGCUUGGAUGCAUGCAUGCAAAAUUAACACAGACAAGGAUUGUUGUUUUAAAAAAAUUAUUUCUAACACUUUUAGUCCAAGGGUGAGUUGACUACAAAAUUUUUGUAGUUCGCUAUAACUACAGCUACUUCAAAAAUAUGUAGUCAGCUACAACUACUGCUACUUUUGAACAAAGGUAGUUCGCUACUGACUACAGCUACUGCUUAAAAAAUGUAGCGAACUAUUUCGCUAUUUCGCUACGCUAUAUUUUUUAGUUUUACUGUAUUUGGAGCAUCUACUAACUCAGGCUGAAAUGUAACUUAUAACAAAUCGACUUACGAGUAGCAACAGUAAACACAAAGGAACAUUUUUGUAAGCACUACAGUGUUCAAGAGUGCAAUUUGACUAUUGAGUAUUGACUUUAAGCAAACCGUGUCUCAAUAUCAUGCCAUUCUAUGAAGGUGCUAACAAUUUUAAAAAGUAGCGAAUAGCGAUUCGCUGUAUGAAAAGUAGUCGACUACUUGGCUACUCUUAGGCAAAAUGUAGUUCGCUAUAACUACAACUACUGUUUUAAAAAAGUAGUCAAAAAGUGCUGGCUACUUGAAAAUUGUAGUUCGCUACAGUAGCGAACUACAACUAUACUUCGCUACUACCCACCCUUGUUUUUUACAUUGUUAUACAGUAAAGUGCGGGAGUCUAGCCGAGUAUAGAUAGCUUAAAUACAAUAGCGGCGUUCUUGUUGUGAUAUAGGCCUCGAUAUAGGCUACUAUCUAAAAGAUAGAUAAAAAGCUUCUUGACUUUUCGAGCGAAGGCCGUUUGUCAUGGAGAUUAGAAGCUACAAAUCUCCUGAAGGUCUGGUCCACGGCCCUUGUCUUCAGCAAAAUGCAAAAUAUUUCGUGCGAAAUGAAUUAGCCUUUCUCACGCCGCCAUUUUUGGGUGGCAUUUCAGCUAAAGUAUGUGCGAUAAGUCCACAUAACAGCGACUUUUUAUAAUUUUUUGGACGAAUGAUGGUAAAUUUGUUUUGUAAAUGGUUAGUUUAUCGCUUUUCCCAUUGUUUUAAUUGUCUGCAUUGGAAAAUGAAAAUUUGAUGCCACCCAAAAAUGGCGGAUAUUCGUCAUCGUGAGAAAGGCUAAUUAGGUGCAUUACGCAGUAAGGAUAAAUUGGGCUUCGCGAGAAAAAAAUUCGCUUCACCAGGGAGUAGAAGUCAGUUCUACUCACUGCGAAAGCGGAAAAAUUCACGGCCUAUUGGAAGAUUACUUUUUCUUUUUCCUUCCUCUUUAUUUUUAAUUAAUAUUUUUGUAAAUAAUCUGGUGAAAUGGGACCGUUUUUAUCAAGUCAAAUAGAAUCGCCCAUGGCCUCUCUCCUCCGCAGAGGCUUUAUAUUACGAUGAGAUACAUUUCACUACACUUUACAUGGCGGAUCUUGGAACACGAGCGUAGCCGCUGGGCGAAGGAGGCCCAUGGCCAUGUGCAACCACAAUUUCUCGCGAAGAAUUUCGCUGUCGUGGAAUCGGGCUUUAACAAAGUGCUAUCGCUCGAAACGUCGAGAAACUUUUC